GCGAUAUAGGAUUUGCCAGGGCUAUACAAACUGUACUGCAGGCAGCACUGAUCACUGCUCCCCCCUCUCCUAGUGCUGCUCUGCCCCGAGAUACUAACCCUCUGCCACGGGAUAGGAGGGAAGCAGCCUGCACUGAUUUAGCCCCCUGCCCCAGACCCCACUUUCCUCCUCUUACUUGAAUGACGGGCGGACGGUUCGACUUCGACGAUGGCGGCACUUAUUGCGGUGGCUGGGAAGAUGGCAAAGCACACGGUCACGGUAUCUGCACUGGCCCCAAGGGGCAGGGGGAAUACUCAGGAUCCUGGUCUCAUGGUUUUGAGGUAGUAGGGGCUUACACCUGGCCCAGUGGCAAUAUCUACCAGGGUUACUGGGCACAGGGCAAGCGACACGGGUUAGGAGUGGAGACUAAAGGCAGGUGGAUGUACAGGGGCGAGUGGUCCCACGGCUUUAAAGGGCGCUAUGGGGUCCGGCAGAGCCUCAGCACACCUGCAAGGUACGAGGGCACCUGGAGUAACGGGCUACAGGAUGGAUAUGGCAUUGAGACCUAUGGGGAUGGAGGUACUUAUCAGGGACAGUGGAUGGGGGGAAUGAGGCAUGGAUAUGGAGUACGCCAAAGUGUUCCAUACGGCAUGGCCACCGUAAUUCGUUCACCUCUCCGAACCUCCUUAUCAUCACUGCGUAGUGAACAAAGCAAUGGCACUGUGCUACAUGACAUAGGAGCAGACAGUCCUGCAGGAACACGUGGAGGAUUUGUCUUAAAUUUUCACAGUGACUCUGAGCUACUGACCAGCAAAAAGAAAGGUUUGUUCAGAAGAGGAUCACUUCUCGGUAGCAUUAAACUACGCAAAUCUGAGUCCAAGCUCUCCAUAUCUAGCAAACGCAGCUCUGUGAGAAGCGACGCCGCAAUUAGUAGAAUUAGUUCCAGUGAUGCCAAUUCUACAAUUAGCUUUGGAGAUGGAGAUUGUGACUAUUUUCCUGUGGAAGAUCACGUAGAUGCUACAACUACAGAAACCUAUAUGGGAGAGUGGAAGAAUGAUAAACGCACCGGAUUCGGUGUUAGUGAGCGAUCCAAUGGGAUGAAGUAUGAAGGUGAAUGGCAGAAUAACAGAAGGCAUGGAUAUGGUUGUACCAUAUUUCCAGAUGGCACAAAAGAGGAAGGGAAAUAUAAAAACAAUGUUUUGGUCCGUGGAAUUAGAAAGCAGCUUAUCCCGAUAAAGAACACAAAAACGAAGGAAAAAGUUGAGAGGGCGAUUGAAGGAGCUCAGAGGGCAGCUGCGGUGGCAAGAACAAAAGUAGAAAUAGCAGCCUCCAGAACAGCACAUGCUCGCGCUAAAGCAGAUGCAGCAGAUCAAGCAAGCAAAGCCGCGCAGCAGGAGUCUGAUAUCGCAAGAGCUGUCGCAAAGGAGCUCUCGCCAAGCUUCCAUCAGCCAGGUCCAGAUUACAUCAGGCAAAAGUUCCAAGAAGUUGUAGAGGUUAAAGAAAAUGUUGAAGAAAAAUUACCGAAGAAACCACCGUCUCCAAAGGAGUCACCACAUUUUUAUAGGAAAGGCACCACACCGCCAAGCACUCCGGAAGAAAAGAGAAAGCAAGCCUCACCACCUCCUGUUCAGCAAUCAAAGACAACUCAUUCUAGCUCUGGAGCAGCAGCUCCUGCCAUUCUAGAAAGGAAAAGCUUGUCAACUGAAAACCUGCCUACAUCUUCCAAUAAGCCUAUACCUUCUAAAGCAUCUGCGAAACAAGAGCCAGUUGUAAAACCCCUUCCAUCAAAGGCUUCAUUUGUCCAUAAUCCUAGCAGUAACAGGAAUGGAGAAUUGCAUGCCGAUUACCAUGGUUACUUAGUUAAAAUACAUACAUCCUUGCCUUCCGAUGUGACAGACAAUACUAACCCAUCAAAGCCAUCAAUAUUAACACGCAUAGGUCCAGCUGAAAAGCAGAACCCAAGAAAGUCUGUGACAAAAACAGAUGCCAAAGAGAGCAAACCUGAGCCAAACACUAAGAAGACCGAAUCUACAGCACCAAAGAAGGGAGCCAACACUAAUUCAGUUUCUCCUUUAGGAAAUGAACUUAACUCAAGUCCCAGUUCAGUCAUGAUUGCCCUUGUCAUGCUUUUGAAUGUUGGGUUAGCCAUACUUUUUGUUCAUUUUCUUACCUGAUUUGGAUUGCUGCUUGAAAGUGACAUUCAGACAACCAGAGGUGUUGGCACAGUAUCUGUCCUUUGUGUCAUAGACCGGUUUUAUGACACCAGCAAUGUUCAGAUGUGGAAAACAGAAGGAUUAAUUUUUGAAUGGGAAGCAAGACAGUUGAAACUUUAAUUAAAAAAGUAAAUAUAUCAUCCCAUGAGCCUGUUCUGAUCAUUGGGUAAUGAUUUAUGGCUUUUGAAUGGUGAAGUUGUCAACUGUGUUGGAAGACAAAACAAAAUCCGCUGAGACGGCAGAGUCACAGAAGAUGGCAACUCCAUCUGUCCUGGUAGAUUGUGAUUAAACUGGAAAUGUACGAACCUGCAGUUUUCGUUGAUGGAAGCUAACAGCUGCCUUACUAUUUUGCUGUCUGACGUUCAUAGAGAAGAGAUAGGAAACUGACUGCCAGAGGAAUGUGGUUAGAGGAUUCAGUUGCUGUGGAUAUGUUUCCAGCUUUUACUCCUAUCUCAGAAGAAAUAGUUAGCAGCAUCACUCACCAGUCUUAUUCCAUUACCUGCUGCUUUUAACAUCUCCUGCAGGUUCUGGAAGAUAGAAUUUCAUUUGCUUGUGCAUGAUUAAGUUUAUUUCCCUGUUUAUGUAAACCCUACAAAUUGCCAUAACAGGUAGCCCAACAGUGGAAAAAGAAGUGUUAAGUUGCAAAAUUAGAAGCUGUCGAUCACCAUCCUUUGCAUUCUAUUUUUAUAUACAGGAAAAAAAAAAGUUUGACUUGCCUUUAAAACGUUAUAGCCUGUGUCUCUUUACAGAUGAAUUAUUAUUUUUCUUCUUCUUGAUAUCCAGCUUUGUCUCUUUCGAAAUAGUUUGCUGGUCUUCAAACUUUUGAAUUUAGUAAUUUUGGUUACUAAGUAUCCUGGUGUAUUGUCUAAUCUAAAAUGUCUAUUUUUGUAUUUCAUAGAUUGGAAUCCAAGUAACACGUUUGUGUCAUGAGCCAGAGUAGGGAUCUGAAUUGCAUACAGAGCACUCUACGCACCUCCAUAGACACAACAUUUCUACAUAAUGACACUACAACUUCAAAAUAUAUUAAUGGCAUCAUUAUGAUGUUUGGCAGAAAUAUCUACUUGUAGAGCUAAAAAUAUCACUUUAGUUUAACAAUCGGGGGGGGGGGGGAGUUACCAGUCAGGAGAGUAAAAGUUACUGGCGCACUCAGUUUUAAAGAAAGACAAAAAUCGAAUUAUUUGUUUGUUGCAAUUUCUAACUAGUCUGGGACUAGUGUAAAUUUUAAACCCUACUUGUUUGGGUCAUGUGCCAUCAAGCUGUCUAUUGGGUACUUAUUUAACAAUAAUGAGACCCUUUUUCAUAAUGUUGCCUUAGGCAGAUGCCUAACUUGCCUUGUGUCUAAUCAGCAUUGUUUGUGUAUAUGAUUGUAGCUUUAUAUACACAAAUAUAUAACGUGUCUGCAUACACUUUUUCUAUAGGCACAAAGUACACGAUUUGUGGAAUUUAAAAUGCUCUUUAAUUACCUUUGUUAAUUUUAAAGCAACAAAAUACUUUUUAAGAAGCUCUUAUAUUCAACCAUUUGAUACCCAUGUUUUUUUUUGUAGGUCAAAAAGAUUUUUUUAACUCUCUUAAAAUGAAAUUGUCGAUGAAAACGUUUAGUGUGUCUUAAUUUUUCAAAAUUGUAAUUUUAUGUGAAAUGCCAUUUGUUCAUUACAAAGAGAAAAUUAUUGUACUUUAUAUUAUUUAAAGGCAUGUUUCUAUGCUUGCGAAUGUGGUGUGAUAUCUUUAAAAGAAAAAAAAAACAUAAUUUAAAGUAUUACUCAGAAAAAGGGCUUGGAAUAAAGAUAUUACCUUUCAGAGUUGGGAGGUUUUCCUUUUUUUUUUAUCUUUCGGUUUAUCUGUAACCAUUUUUAAGUAGUCUGCAUGGCUUAAUGCAUACGCUAAGUAUUACUGGCAUUAGCAAUCCUUUGAUGUCUCAUAUUAAGCAUGUUGUGAAGGUUUUAAUACUAAAAUAGGUAAAAGCUGGGCAGAAAGUGUUCUUUUUGCAAACGUGUGUUUAAAAUCCCUCUGUUUGAUUAGCCUGUAAUAUUUGAAAAACACUAAUACUAAGGAAUACUUUUAAAAUAAAUAUAUUUAUUAAAACACUUUUAUUAGAAUUAGUAAAAAAAAGAGUAAUACACUAAAGUGUAAUUUAAUUUUUUAUAUAUUUGACUACUUGUUUGCCUACUGUAUAACCCAAUGACUCUUUGCAGGAAAUUCUAUGUUUCUUACAAAAAUUGAUCCUUGUAUAAUGUUUUCCCAUAUUUUAUUCUUUAGAGGAAAUGGGUAAAACACAGCUUCUAACAAAUGUUUAUAAACUAGAUAGGCAUGUUCAAUUUAUAUGUGAGAUUUAUAAGCUUUUAUAAAACAAAGCUGAAAAGAGAAAUUGUGGUAUUUUUCUAAAAUGUGCACAGUUGUAUUUUGCAUAAUAAAAUCUAUUUAUAAUUGGUUGUUAUACUGUACAAUACAUUUUUGGACAGCAUAUGAACUCUGCCAAUGUAUUUGCCAAUGUUUAUUUGUCUAUUUAAGUUUAUUGCUGUGAAAAAGUCUUUAUUUACAAGUUCCCUUAUUUAUAACCCUAAAUCCAGAUGUAUUAUAUACAGUUUUUCAAACUGUAUUGGAUUCAAUAAAAACAAUUCUUAUCA